AUGGAUUAUGUUGAUCCUGAGAUUGCGAUGAAACUCUCGGUGCAUUAUGGAAUAACCAAGGCAGAGAUGACAGCAAAGAUUUUACGGUGGGAUUACGACUACUUGACUGCCACCUAUCUGCUACUGAUGUCGAGAAAACAACACAACAAGCCGUUCCGUCUUCUCGCACCUCCGAUACCGCUACGGGAGAUCAUGCAGCAGCAGCAGCAGCAGACCGGCGGUAACCAUGACAACACGCGCAGCUCGAGCUUCGACCAGGAGUACACGCUUGCAAACUCCUCCCUCUGCUCCUCUCUCGACAACCUGGACGACUACGACUUUGGAUGCGCCAAGUUCGCGGACAGUUGGGGCGCGGAGGAGGUGUUCCGCGGCGGCGAAAACACAGAGGGCGCCGCCGGCGAGGGUCGCGACCCGGUCAAGGUCACCGUGCGCGAGGCCGAGGUCGCCCACCGAGAGAAGAUGGUGAUCACCCUGACCUCUGGUGGCGGCCGACAAGUGAACGUCUCCGACGAGAAUGUUGAGCGGACGACGCCGCGCGUGCCGCAGCGACAAUCGCAGCAGGCAGCGCCCUCUGCUGGCAACCAACCGACGCCGUCCGGCCAGCCGUCAGCGCCACCUGCCAGCGACGGGAAACCAUCCACGCCAGACAGCCAGCAGCCGUCCACGCCCUCUGGUGGGGACAGGCGACCGUCAACGCCGCUGACGGCUACGGUGGCGACCCCUCAGCAGAAGUCGUCUAAGAACGAACGCGCAGCUGCCGUUGCCGUGACGACCGCAUUCCAGAAGGAGACGACGGAGAAGAUGACUCCGACGACGGAGGUGACGGUGGCGCCCCCACGGCGCAGCCCACAGGUGUACAAGCGGCGACCGGACCGCUUCGAAGACAAGGAGAACUUUGCGAUCCCGAAGAUACCGACACCGAAACGCUCGAGUAAGAAGUACAGAACACCGCCCGUCAUAGACCUGUUCACGAGCUGCACUCCUACGAAAAGUAAAGUUGUGCAUUCGCGCUCCGUCGACGGCCAGCUGGAUUCCAUGUACCCGGCAACGUCACCUAUUGAGGAUACGAAGAAGCUUUCACGUUCAGACCAGGACCUGCCGAAAUCUUGCCCGACGACGCCGUCCAAGUCGGACAAGUCGCGCAAAACCCCGGCGUCCGGCAGCAAGAACCUGUUCGGCAGCCUCGAGAAGAGGCUCGACAGGGUCAGGAACUACCUGACUCCGAAAAAGAAUAGCCGCGGCUCAAGCAGCUCCAUGGGUCCACGCAAGGUUAAGGUUC